AGCAGUGCUGAACUACUAUCAACCUCACUGGUGACCCUCGGACUAUCCUUGAUCGGACUUUGCUGUCUUUACCUUGCACUGAACGUCAUUCCCUCAUCACGUACCACGGUUAAUCUAGCAAAGUCCGAUCAGGGAUAGUCCGAGGGUCACCAAUGAGGUAGAUAGCACUUCAUGACCGCUCUCUGGUUGUGAUAGGAUGGUUCAGUUGCCUGAUAACAGCUGGGAAGAAACUGUCCCUGAAUAUGGAGGUGUGCGUUUUCACACUUCUAUACCUUUUGCCCGAUGGGAGAGGGAAGAAGAUGGAGUGACCAGGGGAGAGACUGGUCAUUGGUAAUCUGUAGGCGUGUGUUUUCACUCUUCUGUACCUUGUAAAAACAUCCUUCCUCAUGUGGGACUGGGAUUACCAUGUGAACCGAUGUAUCCAGUGAUGUUUAACUAACAGUAUCUGUUCCUGUGUGUGUUAGAUUUCACAGAUAAACCCAGGAUAUUCUCUGCUGAAAUGGUGGCAGGUCAUCCUGUGAAUGUGACCUGCUCCUUCAACACCACCUGUAAUGGAACAACACCUACCCUAACCUGGGUCACCCCCACUGGUGAACCACCUUCAGCCUCACACAGAGUAACUCAGUGGGGAGACACGUGGACAUAUACUUCUGUUCUGUCUCUGACCCCAGCGCUCAAACAUCACGGGCAAAACCUCAGCUGCAGAGUCACAUACCCAAAUGUCUCAUCCUCACAGAUCCUCACACUGAAUGUGCAAUGUAAGUACGGACAUCGUUUAUUGUGCAGGAACAGCAAUAAUCCAUUAGCAGUGCUGGUACGUAAGGUCAUAAAUAGUAGGAGCAGAAGUAAGCCAUUCAGCCCAUCAAGUCUAUUUCACCAUUCAAUGAUGGCUGAUCUAUCUCUCCCUCAUAACUACCUGCCAUAUCCAAGGAUCACCGAAAGUGCCGCAAAACUGGUUGCUGAAUUUUAUCUGUUUGCAGACGCCCCCCAGAAUCUCAUAAUCACUUCCCCCAACAACAUGCACAGUUCCUGGGUCAGUAUAAAGCAAGGAAACUCUGCGGUGAUCCUCUGCUCAGUCCAGAGUUUCCCAGCAUCUAACCUGACGUGGGAACAUCUCAGUGUCACGCUGAACACAACAUGUUCCGGCAACGAGCUGAGGAUGGAGUUCCCUCAGCUGACACGGCAGGACUACUAUCUAAAUGGCAUC